UGCACCAAAUUUCGUGUUUGAAACUCUCGUGUGUGUCGUUUUUGUUCUUGCAGUUAAGAGAGUACAAAUUCCAUGGCUUCUAAAAUCGAAAGCGAGAAUUCAACCGAUACUUCUCCAUCAUCGCCAAAGAACAUAUACAAAGAUCCAGAUGAUGGGCAGCAGCGGUUUUUGCUUGAAUUGGAGUUUGUUCAGUGCCUUGCCAAUCCUACCUACAUCCACUAUUUGGCUCAGAAUCGAUACUUUGAGGAUGAAGCAUUCAUUGGAUACUUAAAGUAUCUUCAAUAUUGGCAACGCCCUGAAUAUAUUAAAUUUAUUAUGUAUCCUCAUUGCCUCUAUUUUCUUGAGCUGCUUCAGAAUGCAAAUUUUCGCAACGCAAUGGCACAUCCAACCAAUAAGGAACUGGCACACAGACAGCAAUUCUACUUCUGGAAGAACUAUAGGAACAAUCGGCUAAAACACAUUUUACCAAGAUCACUUCCUGAACCUGCCACACCUGCAGCUCCUGCUCCUGCUUCAACUCCAUCUCAGGCACCUGUGUCUGCACUACCACCAGUACCUGCAACAAGUGUUGCUGUGACAGCAGCACCUUCUCAAGCUCCUUCCCCAAUGCCAUAUGUUAUGCCCCCUGGCUCUGGUCUUGCAAAAAAUGACAUGAGGAAUCCUACAGUUGAUAAUAGAAGGAAGAGAAAAUGAGUUGUGAAACGAUUUUACAAUUGGCAUAUUAAUUUCUAUGGUUUCCACUGCCUGGCAUUGCUUUUGUUGAAGGGCAAAUGGAAUAGAAAGACAGACGGCAUGUGAUACAAAUAAUGAAACUUUAGCUCAUGGCAUUCAAUGAAAUUGAUCCCACCUACUUCUUGUAUGGACCUUUGUGAUGCGGUUCUUUGAACACUUUGCUGCAUCCUCCUCGAGUUUCCGUUGAAGAUUUUGAUUGACUAGUUCAUAGCCAGUGUACCUAAUUUGAAAUUUUGGGGUCAUCAGAAUGAGAAAAAAGGAAUUUGCUAGCCUUCUCAUUGCUUACACGUAUGAUGUCUACCUAUUAUCUUCAUGUGCAUAUUUCAAGACAGCUUCAAUAGGAGCAGAAAUGGUUAGUUUCGUACAACAUGGAAAUCGAGUUAUCAUGGUGUGGUCGAAAAUUACAAGCCUCUGAAGCUGCAACACCUUAGCUUGGGACAUGGGGGUGUUAGGGUGGUUGCCUUUUUGUGUGUCUUGUCCGUGGUAGUUGAGUAAAGCUGAGUAAAAUUGCGAGAAACACAAACAUGAAACUCAAUCGGGGGUUGAUCGUCUGAAGUAACUUUUAUAAAUUCAUAUGAUAAAGCUAUGAAAAUAAACAAUUUUUUAUCCUGUACUUUCCUUAGGAAAAUACAGAGAUUUUUGGUUUUUAAGAUAUUGUUAUUGUUGGCAAUCAUAAAGGAAAUUUUCUUUUAAUA